AUGGCCAACCGCCCGAGCUUGCUCGACCUGCGAGCCAACUCGAAUCAUUCUGGGACGUCGACCUCGUCCAAGCCACUGCGCUCCCCACGUAUGCACGUCGCCGGUGAGGCGCCGCCGGAACUGUCGCCCCUGGAUGCAUUCGCCCUUCAGAGCCGACUGCUGGCCAGGCAGCUCCAGGAGAGCAACAGAGAUGGCAACAGGGUUAGCCGGCUACCGCCCUUGACGGUCGAAAGCCCUUUGAUUCAACAGGGCCGCUCCGAUUAUUUUCGCUCCAUGUCGUACGAGCCGUCAGAUGCAGACGAGUCUCCGGAGCUAGAUAAUUCGGGGCUCGGCCUGAGGACGGCAGUCGAGGAAGCCUUCACGCCCGAGGAGCGGCCCAGGUCGAUGCAUCCGCGAAUGAGUCAGAUUCCGCCGACGCCUGACGAUUCGGUCCCUGUCCCAUUGUUGCCGGACCACGCCAGGGACCUCUCGCGAGGCCGUAUGCUGAAUACGGUUGACGAGGACCAGGAUCUCUUUGGGGCACGACGCGAUCGUUCACCGUCGCCCCUCCAGAGUGACACGCACUCACACCUAGAGAAAUCGCCCGCGCGCAAGCGGGAGUCACUGGCACUGCCGACGUCACAGCACAACGUGUCCACGACUGAUUCACCAGACAAGUCCCGGCAAGACAGCUUCGAUGAGUUGGGCCUCGCACCGCCGCGUAACCUGUUCCCAAAGCGGUCGUCGAGCAUCAUGUCAUCCCCUCCGACUGGGGAUGACGAGACAUCGAGUAACAUGGCUGGAUCGUUUCACUCACUGCCAGCGCGAAAGCUGUCCUCUGGCAGUGCCGCCUUUGCCAAUGCGAACCCAUCGCCCGCGAUCAGCUCCUUUCACCGGUCACCGUCGGUGGCGUCCGAUUCCUCAGCCCUCCCACGACCAUCUUUUAACUUCUCUCGCCCUCUUAGCCGAGCUGGAACCCCGGGCCUCGACAUGCCGACUAGACAGGCGUCAUCGGAUAGUCAACCCUCUUUUGUACUCGCAGACGACUCCGCCCACACCCCUGUCAGCAUGCACAGCGAGGCUUUCAUGGACCAGCAGAUUGAUGACGGCACAGGUGCCGCUCCGUCGUAUAUCUAUUCCAAGUUUUCCCUCCCAAGGGGCAAGGUGAUACAACGCUCUGAGCCAUCUGAAGGCCAGCCUACAGCAAAUUUCCAAUGGGAGCCGCCAGCUGUGCCUUCCAGCAACGUGCACAGACAUCCUCUAGGGGCGCCACCGUCGCCGCCGACGCGGCCGUCGAGCUCCUCGGCAAGGACUGUGCCUGACGACGCUGUGAGCAUGAUGAGCGGCAUCACGAGGCCGUCCAUGGAUACGGGGAAAAGGAGCUUGGAGAGUUCCAGACUCGGCCUCACGGCCCAGACAUCUUCAAGCAGCAGCAGGCCAUCUGCUGACGCCGGUCGUCCCUCUGAAGACGCGCCUCGAGGGCGAACUCGCACUUCACCUCCGCACGAUGCCGCAACACGAGGGCAAACGCCGGCAUCGGCCGGUACCAGCGAUUCAGCCAGUACGAUACGACCCUCCCCGACCGUUCGCUCGCUUGCCCCCUCGGCGUCUACGAUGACUGCAGAGGAGCACUUGGCCAAGGGCAUUGAAUGCCACGAGAAUGGCUCGUUGAACGAAUCAACCUAUCACCUCCGGCAUGCCGCCAAGCAGAACAACCCCACUGCCAUGCUUCUUUAUGCCCUGGCGUGCCGACACGGCUGGGGCAUGCGAGCAAAUCAAAGAGAGGGUGUCCAGUGGUUGCGAAAGGCUGCUGAGCACGCCCAAAUCGAAAUCGCAGACGACGAAGAUCGGGCCAAGGAAGGGAGGCCGGCCAACUUCCUCGAGACCAAGGCCCGUAAGGCGCAGUUUGCGCUGAGCAUAUAUGAGCUUGGCGUCAGCCAUAUGAAUGGCUGGGGCAUCGAGCAAGACAAGGUGCUUGCGCUGCGAUGCUUUGAAAUCGCUGAUUGGGGUGACGUCGACGCCCUCGCGGAAGCAGGCUUCUGCUACGCACAGGGAAUUGGGUGCAAGAAGGAUCUCAAGAAGAGUGCCAAGUUCUACCGACUGGCUGAAGCCAAAGGCAUGAGCAUGGUCGGCAACAUCAAAGUACAACGACGAUGGCGCCAAAGACAAAGCCAAGAAGAAGGCCAGAAGCAAGUCACGCACACGGACAAUGUUUGGUCUGAAAUGAGGCUUGCGGCCCCUGACACACCAUCUUUCACGAUCAUGACCUCUACCAUCAUACCCAUCUACGCUGGAGUUUGGGAUUCUUGCAUCACACACACACACACACACACACACACACACACACAAACUGGGGAUAAUUUGCAUCUUGAGAGCGGGGCAGUUUGUCAAUCGACAACAUACUACAAACGAAUACGACGGCGUCGUGAGGUGCGCAUGGGAGGCGCCCGUUGA